UAAACCAUUUGGAGCUUGUAAUUAUAGUAUUUCGGUUAUUUGGUUCGGUCAAAAGGACCCUAAUUUCCGAAAUAUGCAUUUUUCCCUUCUGAUUCCCGAACCAAAUAAUAUUAAUUCGGUUUCGGUUUGGUUUAUAUUAUAUUUACCCGGUUCGGUUUUACCGAACCGUAUGCCCACCCUAGUUUCUGUUAUUGAUGGUUACACGUACACUAUUGACUGAGGUUACUCAGCAAUCAGCAUGCAUGAUGGAUUGGUUGGUCAUCGAUUGCCCAUCUGGUUUGAAGCAUUAGCAAGAGUUGGCUGAAGCUUCCUGGAAUUGAGAACUUGGAGGGAGGGAUUGGUGAUAAUCCAUUUGCAUGCGUUGAAAUCGUCAACAAGAUUAAGUAAAAUUAUAUUGGAGCAACCAUACCACUUCUACGCGGAGGUUAAUACAUAAUCAGUUCUUGGUUGUUUGUAUUUAUAUUCUUGACUUGCUUAUUUUCUUCCAGCGGUCAAUGUUUGCAUUGCCUUUGAUAUUUCAUUCUUGACUUAAUUUUAUUAUUAUGUCAGUGGUCCUUGUUUACAUGAUCUUUGAUCGUCAUGGUUUACUUUUAAUUAGCCAUUCGUAGUUGCUUAGCUAUUUACAUAACGCUUGUCUCUCUCUAUAUAUACACCACCCACUUCCCUAACCAAAACGCUCUUCUUCUCCUUUCACAUCCUCCACAGACUUAGAAUUAUGGGUACGGAGGUUGUUGCAGCGGCAGCAACCGCCGCCGAAGUAAUUCCAACCGGCGGCCCCGUUUGUCACGCCGUGCUUUUUCCCUUCAUGUCAAAAGGCCACACAAUCCCCAUGCUCCACCUCGCCCGCCUCUUCCUCCGCCGCCAAAUCUCCCUCACCAUCUUCACCACCCCCGCCAACCGCCCCUUCAUCACCGCUUCUCUACCCGCCAGCGCCGCCGCUUCCAUCGUCGAGCUCCCCUUCCCACACGACAUCCCGGAAAUCCCCGCCGGCGUCGAGAGCACCGACAAGCUCCCGUCCGUCGACUCCCUCUUCCCCCACUUCGCCCUCGCCACGGAGCGCAUCCGUCCCGACUUCGAAUCCGCCCUCGAAAAUCUCCGGCCGUGGCCGAGCUUUAUGGUCUCCGACGGCUUCCUCUGGUGGACCGAGGACUCCGCCGAAAAAUUCGGGAUCCCGCGGCUGGUCUUCCACGGGAUGUCCAAUCACGCAGCCAGCGUGUCCAGAGCUGUUGCCGGCGACCGGCUCCUGUUCGGCCCCGAGUCCGACGACGAGUUGAUCGCCGUGACUCGGUUCCCGGGGGUCAGAGUUUGCAAGAGCGACUUCGAGGAGACGGCCCGAACGCCCGACCCGGAAGGCCCCUUCUACGAUUUCGUUAUGAAAGCGUUCGGUGCUCCCUCGCGAAGCUACGGUUACGUGAUGAAUAGCUUCCACGAGUUCGAACCGGUUUUCGCGGAUCAUCUGAACGCUCUAGGGAAACAGAAGUACUACUCCGUGGGCCCUCUUUGCCUGGCUGAAGUGGACGACGUCUGCAACGACAAGAAAGAGGUCGUAUUAGCCGCCAAGCCGGCUUGGAUUCAGUGGCUGGAUGAGAAGUUGUGGGAGGGGAAGUCGGUAUUGUACGUGGCGUUUGGGUCCCAAGCAGAGAUAUCGGAGGAACAACUGGAGGAGAUAGCGCGUGGAUUGGAAGAUUCAGAAGUGACUUUCUUGUGGGUGAUAAGAAAGGGAGGCGGUGGGUUGGAGGAGCGCAUGAAGGGGAGAGGGAUGAUAGUCGGAGAAUGGGUGGACCAAAGGGGGAUACUGGGUCACGUCAGCGUGGGAGGGUUUUUGAGUCAUUGCGGUUGGAACUCGGUGAUGGAGGGAGUUUGUGCUGGAGUGCCGAUGCUGGCGUGGCCGAUGAUGGCGGAGCAACCGUUGAAUGCGAGGAUGGUGGCGGAGGAGGUGAACGUGGGGAUCAGGGUGGAAGGUUCGGGGAGAACGGGGUUCGUACGACGGGGAGCGUUGGAGAAUGCAGUGAGGGAGUUGAUGGCAGGUGAAAAGGGGAAGGAAGUGAGAAGGAACGCCAAGGAGUAUGCAAAGAAGGCUAGAAAGGCUAUGGAGGAAGGGAACGGCUCGUCGUGGAAAACAUUGAACUUGUUAAUUGACGAAUUGUCUAACAAGAAGGAAGACGCACGGUAGUACUAUGAUAAACUAUAGGCUACUAAGGAUCCAAAGGAAUGGGCUUUUCUGUUGUGUUUGCCUAACUCCAUUAAAUAUCCAAUAUAAUUGUAACAACACUUUGUAGCGAUUUAUUCUUUGGCAAUUCGCAUAUAGCCUUUGUUUUGCAAUUCUGGUCACUUCUGAUUAUAUGUCGUUCCGAGUUAACCCCGAGGAAGUCGAUUCGGUCGAUCUCUUGACGGUAUAUGAUUUCUCUUGAUUGAAUAGAUCAUUACCAAGAAAAUGUUCCGGGGUAAUCUCUGAGGGAGUUUAUCUCCUAACAGUAGAGGUAUUGAGUCAAUUGAUCUAGGGAAGUAAUAAACAUUGAUUCAUAUGAGAAGCUAGGGGGAUUCAAACCUAAGACAUCUCCCAAACUUGUAAUUAAUUAGGGUAGUGGUUAUGUUAGUGUCGUUAGUUUAGUCUUAAUCACUAUUCUUGGUUGGUUAGAUAACGAAACUUAAGCCGAAGUAAGGUACAUCUACAGACCCGUGGUUCAGUAAUUUUGUUACUUGUUUAUCCUAUUCUACACCUAAUCGUGGUUAAAAUUGGCCUUCGAUUGGGAAGCUGCAGUCAAUGCGAGGCAACUGUGGAAUGCAUUGUUUUCUCGGUUUUAAUAUAUCUUACUAUUCAAAUGGAGACAAGAAAUUGGUAACUGAUAUAUGCUUAGUAAACGUUCAGAGAAAUUAACAUGUUCAUUGUUAUUAUCAUUGUGGCAUUAUUAUGCUUAUUAGUAUGUUUUGUCCUUGUUUGUGUACAUAUAAUAACUAUGACAAACAAAUAAAAAGUAUAGUAAGAUAAUUUUGGAUUUUCAGUUCUAAAUCUCAAACCAUUAGCUUCAUAAUCAAAACAUCUCAACAAACAAAGAAUUGUCUUAAAUCCAUAAUUUCUAAAAACUUUAAUAAAUUUUUAGAUUUUUA